CCGUAUCGGGAGGGGAUGCGGCCGUACCCGUACGGUUUCCACUUUUCCAGUCGUGAGCGUACCUCCGUCCCUGGUACUCUUCUGCCGGAGUUCAUCCGCUUUAAGAGGCCCUUUCUCCUCCUCUCAACGGCUGGAGCAGAUGUGGCCCAUGUGUUUUGUUCUUCUAUAUUUAUAUAUCGUUGCAUCCGCCGAGGAGACAACAUGAUGUGCGCCAGGGGACUGAGGAAGAAGAAGAAGUGCUCUGUCGACUCUGGCUCUGGAAACUGCUACACAAAGCACUCAGAGGCGCUGCUAGCGAGCCGUCCUUUACCACACAUCCCUGACCUGCCGGAGCCAGCAGGGACCGGAGGGCUCGACCCGAGUGCCAGCAGGUGGACCAGCAAGGAGAACCUCCUCGUCCAGGAGGAGGACGACCCGCAGCUCUUCGUCGCCCUCUACGAUUUCCAGGCUUCCGGCGAGAACCAGCUCACCCUCAAGAAAGGAGAGCAGGUGCGAAUAUUAAGCUACAACAAGUCAGGAGAAUGGUGCGAGGCCCACUCGACCUCGGGCCAGGUUGGGUGGGUGCCUUCCAAUUAUGUGACACCAGUCAACUCAUUGGAAAAGCAUUCCUGGUACCACGGACCAAUAUCCAGGAAUGCGGCUGAGUACCUUCUCAGCUCGGGAAUAAACGGGAGCUUUCUCGUUCGCGAGAGUGAGAGCAGUCCCGGACAGAGGAGUAUAUCACUCCGGUAUGAAGGGAGAGUGUACCAUUACAGGAUAAAUGAAGACCCGGAAGCAAAGGUGUUUGUCACGACAGAAAGUAAAUUCAACACUUUGGCCGAACUAGUACACCACCAUUCGUUACACUCAGAUGGUCUUAUCACCCAACUAUUGUACCCAGCUCCUAAACAUAAUAAACCAACUGUGUUCGCUCUCAGCCCCGAGCCUGAUGAAUGGGAAAUAAACAGGACUGACAUUGUGAUGCGCCAUAAACUGGGUGGCGGACAAUACGGUGAUGUUUACGAAGCCGUUUGGAAGAGAUAUAAUAAGACUGUAGCUGUUAAGACACUCAAGGAAGACACAAUGGCACUUAAAGACUUUCUUGAGGAAGCGUCAAUAAUGAAAGAAAUGAAGCACCCUAACCUUGUCCAGCUUUUAGGCGUCUGUACAAGGGAACCUCCUUUUUAUAUAAUAACAGAGUUCAUGAGCAAAGGCAACCUCCUAGAUUAUCUUAGGCUAGGGAAUAAAGAGCAGAUUAAUGCAGUGGUUCUUAUGUACAUGGCCACGCAGAUUGCAUCGGGAAUGAGUUACCUCGAGUCCAGGUUCUUCAUCCACAGGGAUCUGGCUGCGAGAAACUGUCUAGUCGGGGACAACCACCUUGUCAAAGUCGCAGAUUUCGGCUUGGCAAGGCUAAUGCGUGACGAUACCUACACAGCGCACGCAGGAGCCAAGUUUCCCAUUAAGUGGACUGCUCCGGAAGGUCUUGCAUACAAUAAGUUUUCAACAAAGUCUGAUGUUUGGGCAUUUGGGAUCCUCCUAUGGGAAAUCGCUACAUACGGAAUGUCACCUUAUCCUGGUGUAGACCUCUCGGAGGUGUACCACAUGCUAGAGAAGGGCUACCGGAUGGAGUGCCCACAGGGCUGCCCACCCAAGAUUUAUGACCUGAUGCGUCAGUGCUGGCAAUGGGAGCCAGGCGAUCGACCCACCUUCCAAGAGAUUCAUCACGCCCUUGAGAACAUGUUUCAGGAAUCGAACAUUAUUGAAGAGGUUGAAAAACAGCUUCAGGGAUCAACGACACCUCAACUCCCGUACAAGAAACCACAUAGUGGUAGCACAGGGAACAUCCACAGUAUGGUUCUUAUGGCAGACCAAGUACAGCCUGAGUCGACACUGCCGGUCAACAAACUUUCUACAUUCAGCAGUGUCAAUUCGAACAGUAGCGGCCAGUUGAAGAACAACAGCAUGGUCCAACUGCGUAGGACGACUAAUCGUAAAGGAAAGACUGCCCCUGCCCCACCAAAGAGGACAAGUUUAUUGUCUUCGUGUAGCUCUUUUCGAGAUUCGACAUAUGCCGACCAGGAACAAGUACAAGAUCCUAAUCCUGAGGAGACGCAGUCAGCGUUAAAUGGUAUUGAUCUCAUUUUCCAAGGUAUUACAAAGGAAUUACAAAGCCUUGGUCAAAAGACUGAUAGUGAAGACCAGAUGACUCCUGAUACUGAUGAUUCUGGUGCACAUUCUUACCCUGGGGAAGGCUUUAAGAGGUCGACUAAACAAGAAACACCACCAAAGGUCGUGCAAGUAGCAGCGCUUGAGGUGCAUAACGUGCGAAAAGCCAUCAAUAGAUAUGGUACGUUGCCAAAAGGGGCUCGUAUCGGAGCAUACCUUGAGUCUCUUAGGCAGAAUCAUAUGCCGGAGAACAACAACACUUCUGGCUGUGAGACACCGCCAUCCCAGAGAUCGCCGAGGAGCAAAGUUCAGACUCCGGGGCAGAUGAUUAGGAGUAACUCAUCCGGUGGAUUCCAGCACCAUCACCAACCGAACUCUCCUCGCAGUGUCAGGGGACGAGCUGCUCAGCCUAGCCUUGCCGACCUCGAAUUCCCUCCACCACCUCCACCGGAAGAGCUCCAAGAACAACCAAGCUACAGGUUUGGUGUGAGUUUGAGAAAGAGGGAACCAUCGACGGAUUCUUGCAGUAGUGCAAAAUCAGAACCUGCCAGGAAAGGAUCGAGACCGAAGGAAAAACCUCCUAGUCCUCCGAACCAGCAGCCUGAGAGUAGUCCAGAGGAACUUUUAAAGACGGCUCUCCCUGGGAUGAUGAAAGAGAUGAUGGAACUCAAGAUAAGCAACGACAAAGAAAAAGAUAAAGAAAAGGAAAAAGAAAAAGAGAAGGAAAAAGAGAAGGAAGAGAACAACAUAGACUUCAAGUCCCAUCUUAGAAAAGUCAAUAACAAAUGUGAAAGCAACAAGGUUGUAGAUGACAUUGCGGAUGUCAAAUCUAAAUUGAGAAAGGUGGAAGUCAAACAAGUCGAUGAAGAGGAGGACGAAGAUAAAAGGAGGAGUACCGGAAGCAUAAGCAGUCUGAAGAAAUUAUGGGAGGGUGAAAGCCCGCCUGAAGUCGUUAAAGAGCGCAAAUGGCCGCCUGAGGAGAAACCAGCCGUCCCGACCAAGCCUACUGUCAGGCCCGUUGUGCAAAAAGCGCCUGCUAUCUACGCCACCCCCGGAGGCUUGGCAAACGUUAUCGAAAUAUCCCAAGCUCUCGAAACGAGCAUAAACAACCUGAAGAUGGCUUCGACAGUGACAUCGGCCAACUGGCUUCAGCUGUCCGAGAAGGUCGGCCUGUUCCACAGUUCCUGUUUGAGCUAUGUCAACACGGUAGCACCGCCUCACACAAGAUUUCACCUCAUGGAGCUCUUGAACAGAGUCGAAUCUCAGGGGAGGCAGCUUAGAUCCGCUGGAACCAAAAACCAAGCGGACAACACCAAACUCCUCGAAGAACUUCACAACACCCUCAAAGACGUUGUGAACGCUGUACAAAGAUAGAAGUUUUCUUGUAUAUAUAUUUAUAUAUACAUAUAUACAUAUGCAUAUAAAUUUGAAAUAUAUUUUAUCAGUAAUUUUAGGUAAAUAAGAGGAUUAAAGUCCUGGGUAACAUUUUGGAGAAAAGAAAAAUUUACCAGGAAAAGAAUUAAAAUUUGUCAACAUAACAAAGGCAUUUCUUUAAUGGGAACGUGUCUUUGUUCCCUGUGAUAUUAUGUACAUAUAUUUUCCUCUCCCUUGUGAACCAAAAAAUUUCCCUUACCUCAAAAAUUAUUUAGAUAUGCUCAAGUGUUUUUAAGUUGUGUGCCACAGUAUGAACAAAAAUAUUUGCGUUAGUCGGGAAUGUGAGUUGGAGUGAUAAUGCCGAAAUGUGAGAUUUAUUGUUUUUAUUAUUAAUUAUGUUUGUUCGUACUCAUCCAUCUUGGUAUUUUAUCAUAUUCUUUAAGAAUUUCUUAGAGAGAUGACUUUUUCUCUCUAUCUCUCUGAGAAAAUAAGUGUAUGCUAGUCUGAUUUUUGUUUAAUUUUACUUUUUUCAUUAAUAUAUCAUUUUAAUAUAAAAAUACUGUACAUGAAUGUCUUUUUUUAAUCAUAAAAAUAGAAAAAAAUAUGCUACAAUUUAUUUCUCUUAGAGUAUUUGACUUUGUUGUACUUUUAACUUUUUUUUAUAAAUAUUGUAGAAAAACUGUAUUUUUAAAAUUUGUAGAUUUUAAUAAAAUUAUAUCACACAAAUUUCAAAAAAAAAACCCGGUGUACUGGUUCAACCAAAAUAUCGAUAGAAUAUAGAAAAGUUGCCUAUUCGGCCUACUCCAGACAUUAUUUUUAUGUACAUUUUUGACGUUUCAGUUUAAAAAAUAAAAAAAUACCCAUCCAUCACAAAUAUUUUGUCAAUGAACGUGCAUUUAUAAUAGAAAUAAUUUUUUAAAAAACUCUUGUAAGUGAAUAGUUUUAUUGCAUUUAAUAUUUAUAAGUUGAUUGCACUAAGAAUUUUGUUGGAAUUGUACUUAAAAUUCAACAAAUCUAUAUCCAGAAAUUUUGCUAAAGAAAAUGAACUUUGGUUCCAAUUAAAUCUUAACAAAUUCUCAUUAUUGUAAAACAAUGAUUUUAAGAACGAUUAAAUGCUUAAAAAAGAUAAAAUUUACUCGAAAUUUAACAAUUGGCCUAAAAUGUAUUAAAAGGUUAAUAUUAUUACAUUUUUUAUUUAUUAUUUUUUAUAUCAAUGAAAUGUUCAAAAAUAUGAUGGUGGAUGGUGCAGCUGAAAGUCAAAAAUUGCAAAUGAAAAAAUAACGACUGUGAUAUUAGGUUAAACUUUUAUUAUAUUCUAUAGAUAAGCCGCUGGGAUUAAUAUUCAUAAAGUACAUACACUGAAUGUGAGAAAUAAUUGUAUUAUUAUAUAUUUUUCAUCUUUAGUAUUUUUUAAUUUAAAAAAGUCCUAUCCCAUUUUAUUAUUAUUAUGUUUUUGAAAAAGAAUAGUUAUUAAGGAUAUGGUGAGAAAUAUCGAAUUUGGUGAUUGCUUUUUACAUUGUAUAUUGAUCGGUUUUAAAAAGAAUCUUUUUGUGAAUUAUGUUAGGCCUUUUGUGACAACAGUUGGAUAACGUAAAGCGAAAGUUAAGCUUUCUGCAGUCAUUGAUGAUAAAUUUGCCUUGUGUACAGAUAAUUUGCUGCGCUUUCAGUCGACCCUGAUAGAUGGACAUUUAGCUAAAUUCAUGUUGGAAGAUAGUUUUAUUUUUGCAUUCGUGUAUGAAAUAAAAAUCUUAAUAUCGAUAAUACACUAUUAAAUGAAACCUCGAUUUUCUGAUAGGGUAGGAAAUCUGUUCCUCAUUCCGUUGAUUCUUCUCAUUUUAGCCAAAUGUAAUAUAAAACUUUAUUGAGCUAUGGCUUUUUUCAAAAUACUUGAUGUGUAAUAGAACAUUUCACAAAGAAAAUUGUAAAUUGUAAUUAUUUUUGACUGAUUCCAAUGUAUUUGUAAUUUUUAACUGUCAAUCACUUUUUGUAUAAACAUUCAACGGCAGAAAUUAUAUCGCAUUUAUGUAAUGUGUAUUUUGUACUUGUCCUUAAAAAGUUGUAUAUUAAAAAAAUCAAAACUUUUUUCAGGAUGCAGUAAUAUUGUAAUAAUGUAAAGUGAAGACCAUCUUGUAUUAAACAAAAGUAUUUAAAAAACA